CGGGCGCUUUCCUCCGGGCCGGGGGCUGCGAGCGAGGACCCCGGCGCCAGACGUGGCGCAAGGAAGUGGGGGCGCGACCCCCGGCUCGCGCGGGCACCGCGCGGCCCCGCCCCCGCAGCCAGCGGCCCUGCGGCAGCCGGGCCCUGAGCUCCGCCCUCCGCCUCCCGCCGGCCUCGCUCCCUCCUCCCGCCUCCCUCGCUUGCUCGCUCGCUCCCUCCCCCCGGCCGGCUCGGCGCUGACUCCGCCGCACGCUGCAGCCGCGGCUGGAAGAUGGCGGGGAACGACUGCGGCGCGCUGCUGGACGAAGAGCUCUCCUCCUUCUUCCUCAACUAUCUCGCCGACACGCAGGGUGGGGGGUCCGGGGAGGAGCAACUCUGCGCUGACUUUCCCGAGCUUGACCUCUCCCAGCUGGACGCCAGCGACUUUGACUCAGCCACCUGCUUCGGGGAGCUGCAGUGGUGCCCGGAGAGCUCCGAGACUGAACCCAGCCAGUACAGCCCCGACGACUCAGAGCUUUUCCAGAUAAUCGACAGCGAGAAUGAAGCUCUCCUGGCAGCGCUCACCAAGACCCUGGACGACAUCCCCGAAGACGACGUGGGUCUGGCCGCCUUCCCGGCCCUGGACGGUGGAGACGCACCAUCCUGUACUUCGGCUUCGCCUGCCCCCUCAUCUGCACCCCCCAGUCCCAGUCCCUCUCUGGAGAGGCCCCAGGCCCCAGCGCCUGAGGUGGACGAGCUCUCACUGCUGCAGAAACUCCUCCUCGCCACGUCCCACCCAUCCUCAAGCUCCGAUACCCAGAAGGAAGGGACCACCUGGCGCCAGGCAGGCCUCAGGUCCAAGAGUCAGCGGCCUUGUGUUAAGAUGGACAGCACCCAAGACAAGAAGGUCCCCACGGUGCAGUCUCAGAGCCGGAGUUGUACGGAACUGCAUAGGCACCUCACUUCGGUGCCGUCCUGCCCCCAGACUAAAGCCCGCUCCCCAGACAGGGGCUUGCAGCCGCCACCCGCUCUGAGCCCCCAGCUCCCAGCCAAGGAGGAUGAGGAACCUGGUGAGGACUGCCCGAGCCCCCAGCCGGCUCCAGCCUUGCCCCAGGACUCCCCGGCACCGGGCGGGGCGCGUCCCGGCACCCAGGUUUCCCGGGAAGACAUGCACGCCGUGGUGCAGCUCAUUCGCUACAUGCACACCUACUGCCUCCCCCAGAGGAAGCUGCCCCCACAGGCCCCAGAGCCAGCCCCCCAGCCCUGCAGCAGCCCCUCCAAGCAGGUCAAGCCCCAGCCUCGGUCCCAGCACCCUUCCAAAGCCUCCUGGGCUGAGUUCUCCAUCCUGAGGGAACUUCUGGCUCAAGAUGUCCUCUGUGACGUCAGCAAACCCUACCGCCUGGCCACACCUGUCUAUGCCUCCCUCACGCCCCGGCCAAGGCCCAGGCCCCCCAAAGACAGCCAGGCGUCCCCUGGCCACCCAUCCCCCGUGGAGGAGGUGAGGAUCACAGCUUCUCCCAGGAGCACAGGGCCCAGACCCAGCCUGCGCCCGCUGCGGCUGGAGGUGAAAGGACGCGCCGGCCGGUCGGCCAGGCUGCAGCAGCAGCAGGAGGAAGAGGACGAGGAAGAGGACGAGGACGAGGAGGAGGAGGAAGAAAAAGAGGAGGAAGAGGAGGAGGAGGAAUGGGGCCGGAAAAGGCCGGGCAGAGGCCUGCCGUGGACCAAGCUGGGGAGGAAGCCGGAGAGUUCCGUGUGCCCCGUGCGGCGUUCCAGGAGACUGAACCCGGAGCUGGGCCCCUGGCUGACAUUCUCCGAUGAGUCUCUGGUCCCUGCAGAGCCCCAAGGAGCUCUGUCCUCAUUGCACCUGGCUCCCGAGGCCUACGACAUGGAGGGGGCGCUGGGCAGCCCCACGGACGAGGACAGUGGUCAAGACCAGCAGCUCCCACGGGGACCCCAGAUCCUGGCUCUGGAGAGCCCCUGUGAGAGUGGGUGUGGGGACACGGAUGAGGACCCCAGCUGCCCACGGCUCCCUUCCAGAGACUCUCCCAGGUGCCUCAUGCUGGCCUUGUCACAAAGUGACCCUCCUUUUGGCAAGAAGAGCUUUGAGCAGACCUUGACGGUGGAGCUCUGUGGCACGGCAGGACUCACCCCGCCCACCACACCUCCGUACAAGCCCACAGAGGAGGACCCCUUCAAGCCAGACAUCAAACACAGCCCAGGCAAAGACAGAGCUCCCAGCCUUCCCAGCUUGGAGGGCCUCCAGCUCGAGGCCGCCGCGGGGGCUGCCCACAAGCUGCCAAAGAAGCACCCAGAGCGGAGCGAGCUCCUCUCCCACCUGCGGCAUGCCACAGCCCAGCCAGCCUCCCAGACUGGUCAGAAGCGCCCCUUCUCCUGUUCCUUCGGAGACCAUGAUUACUGCCAGGUGCUGAAGCCAGAAGGCGCCCUGCAGAGGAAGGUGCUGAGGUCCUGGGAGCCGUCUGGGGUCCACCUUGAGGACUGGCCUCAGCAAGGGGCCCUCCAGGCCGAGGUGCAGGCCUCCAACAGGGAGGAAGACAGAAGCCGUGAUGCCAGCGCCCCCGCCAAGGACAGUGUGCUACUGCGAGACCACGAGAUCCGUGCCAGCCUCACCAAGCACUUUGGGCUCCUGGAGAGCGCCCUGGAGGACGAAGACCUGGCCUCCUGUAAGAGUCCUGAAUACGACACUGUCUUUGAGGACAGCAGCAGCAGCAGUGGUGAGAGCAGCUUCCUCCUUGAGGAGGAGGAGGAGGAGGAGGACGAUGAAGAAGAGGACUCGGGGGUCAGCCCCCCUUGCUCUGACCACUGCCCCUACCAGAGCCCCCCCAGCAAGGCCGGCCGGCAGCUUUGUUCCCGCAGUCGUUCUAGUUCCUGUUCUUCCUCCUGCCGCUCCCGGUCACCAGCCGUCCGAAGGACCUUCAGGUGUGAGAGCAGAGGACCGUGUUCAGACGGAACGCCAAGUGUCCGGCAUGCCAGGAAGCGGCGGGAAAAGGCCAUCCAGGGUGAAGGCCGUGUGGUAUAUGUUCGCAAUCUCUCCAGUGACAUGAGCUCCCGAGAGCUGAAGAGGCGUUUCGAAGUGUUCGGUGAGAUUGUGGAGUGCCAGGUGCUGACGAGAAACAACAGAGGCGAGAAGUAUGGCUUCAUCACCUACCGGUGUUCUGAGCACGCUGCCCUGUCUCUGAGGAAUGGCGCUGCCCUGCGGAAACGCAACGAGCCCUCCUUCCAGCUGAGCUACGGAGGGCUCCAGCACUUUUGCUGGCCCAGACACACUGACUAUGAUUCCAAUUCAGAAGAGACCCUUCCUGCAUCCGUGAAAAACAAGUACGAAGCCAUGGAUUUUGACAGCUUACUGAAGGAGGCCCAGCAGAGCCUGCAUUGAUAACAGCCUUAACCUUCGAGGAAUACCUCAAUACCUCAGACAAGGCCCUUCCAAUAUGUUUACGUUUUCAAAGAAAUUAAGUAUAUGAGAAGGCGAGAGAGCGAGCGCGUGAGAGAACACACGUGAGAGAGACACUUGAGACUGCUGUCCUUUUAAAAAAAAAAAAAAAAUCAAUGUUUACAUUGAACAAAGCUGCUUCUGUCUGUGAGUUUCCAUGGUGUUGAUGUCCCACUGCCACUUAGUGUCCUCGCUUCCGGCGGGUGGCCCCGGGUGCGCCUCCAAGUGCUGGGUCAGUCACCCAUCUCCCCCUUCCUUCCCGACCGACUUCCCUCGUAGACGUGCAGCCGUGUCCACCAUAACAUUUCUUGUCCGUAGUAUGUGAUGAUGAAAUUGUUACUCGUGAAUAGAAUCAGGAUUAUAAACACAUUUUUAAUUGAAGAAAAAAAAAGUAUAUCCUUCAAAUAACGUAUUUAUGGCUCAGAUGUACUGUGCCUGGGAUUAUCGUAUCGCUUCCUUGAUUUUUUAACUAUGCACUGUCGCGAGGUGUUUGCCACUGAGCUGCUCCGCUCCCUCUGCCAGAAUGCUCGAGAGGCGCCGGGCGGCCGGGAGGCUGAUCCCCAGGGAAGUGCGGCCUGCAGCCGCAACGAGGAGCAGAGGGGAGAGGUUUCUGGGACUUCCUCUGCCGUGCUCUGCCCUCGGUGUCUCACUGAGCAAGGGUGGGUCCAGUUAGAGUCAGAACCCUCAUCUGGUGCCAGCUCGUGCCCGGAGCUUGCGCCUGGCCUGGCGCACUCAGAUCCUGGCGGACCUCGUGAGGAAGGCAGGGGUGAGCUGCACUGUUCUUGUUUUUCCAGGUGAGGCGGGCAGUGCCCCAAGAGGUGAGAUGACGGGCCCGAGGUCCCACGGCCAGUGGGAGGGCAGAGCGGUGCCCCAGCCCAGGCCUUCUGAUUCCUGGUCCCAUGCUCCUGCAGUAGUGGGGUAAAGAUAGAAAGUCACAGGGACUGGUAGAGGUGAGUUGAGCGACAUUGGGCCCCAGACUAGAAGUCUCCGGGCUCACUUUGAGGGUUAAGUCACCAACUGCCUUGCCAGGAUUAGGCGGGUUUAGACUUGGACCUGCGUCUGGAUCCAGAGGGCUCUGUGGACAUGCCAUGAGAGCUUCAGUGACACGCCUGGGAUGGCACAGGCAGGGUGAUCCAAAAGCAGCCGUCCUUGCUGGGGCCAGCUACCAACCCAUCCCACUCCGACCGGCUUGUCUUUCCCUUUCCCUCACCUGGAAAGUUGCUUCGGUGGAUGGGGCAGGGGUAGCAGGAGGGCAUGUGAGGACCGAGGGUGGAUAAGACCACCUCCAAGGUCCUUUGCCAUCCAGACAACAUUCUGAUUGGGCUUUACCGUAAACUUGAUGUUCUUGAGUGAUGUCAAGCCACGUCCAGCUUGGAUGUUGUGCAGGUGCCUUGGGAAAGCGUGGCCAGGCUGGGUGUGAGCUCAUUGCUUCUGCCUCAGACAGAGUGGCUCCAGUUUAAUCUCGUUCAUAUAUCAGGGUCCCUUGGGAAGUUUCUGUCUUAAAAAGAAAAGAAAAGGAAAGAGAAAAAGUCCUGCUUGCUUUAACAGUGUUUGAAAUUGACUCAUUAAACUAAACAAGCUAAUUUAAUCUUUUGCUACUGCCAGGCUUUAGAACUUUGAGAAUUGGUAGUUGAUUUUUUUUUUUUUUAAAGAUUAUCAAGUACCUUAGUAGGUAUACUGGGAAAGUGAGCUUGUCCUGGGAGGUGAGAAUACUCCCAGCCCACAGAGAAGACCGGAGGAAACAAGCUUUAGAAACAAUAGGGAAUUUGAGCUCCUGGGGAUCAAGUCACUUGACCGCUCUGGGCCCCCACAUUCUUUUCUCUGAAAUGGACUGAGGGGAAGUAGGCAAGUUGAUCUCCAAGGUUCCUGCCGGCUCUGAGAGUCUUAGCUUCUGUGAAGGUGGUAUCUAGCUCGGGAUGGCAAAUACAUAUAUGGCACAUAUACCACUACUCCCACCUCCUUGGCCAGUGGCAGACAUAACUAAUCGACCACAGCACUCAUGUUCUUUGAGCUUGGUCAUACUAACUAUUGGAAUCCUCAACACAGUGCUCUGGGCAGCCAUUACUAACGGAUCAGAGUUUAACCUGGUCUGAUCUUCGAAAGGUUCCCAUUAUACAGAACCAAAUGGUGGCUGGGUUUCACGUCAGCCCAUCCCUAUCGUGUCCUGAUCUGUGAGAGAAAAUCCCCCUAAGGCCAUUCGUUGGCACAGGACUCGCAAUAAUACUGUGACACAUGACCCCCACUUGAGUGGGGGGAGCGAAUGGAAUAGCGGACAUGAAAUGUUUGAGGGAGGCGGGGUUUGUGAGGAUGAACCAAGAAAGGGACUAUCCACAGCACAGACCUGAACAUUGUAAAUUCCUUUAAUAGCUAUUCACUGCCUAGCAUACAGUAGGCACAUAAAUAAAUGGUUAUGGAAUGCAAUAGAAUAGAAUUUAAAUCUGUCUGCUGCCCCCACUGCGUCCUGAUUUGCACCAAGGAGUAUGCUGAGGUUUUAUCCUGUGGAAGCCAAUAGGAAGGAGCUCUAGAUUCAGAGUCUGGAGAGCUGGGUUGAGGCCUGGCUCCACCAAGAACUUGCUUUGUGACCUUGCUAAGUCACAGAGUCCCUCCCCCACCCUUCUGCACCAGGAAGAGUUGGCCUGGAGGUUGCCUAAGCCGCUCCUACAUACAAGACCAGUCUCUCUCUCCUGUCUUCUGGGUCAGCCGAGGCUGCCCUUCCCAGUCAGGUUAACACAGGACCCUUGAGGUUACUUAGAUACUGGCCCUUGAGCAGAGUCGAGAUCUGCGCACGGCGUUGGGAGGUAACGUGCCUAAAGUCAGGGCUGGCCGCUGGCGGGAGAGGAUGUCUGCCGAGAGCAUCCCGCAGGGUUUCUGCUUGCCAUCCCGUCCACAAAAGGCUGCAAGUUCUUCUAAAAUUGACCGACCCUGCAGAUAACCUCUAUCUGGACGACUCAUUCGGUGCUGUGUAUUAUUAACCAAGGAGACUCCGGGGUUCCUCCAGGAAAACUAGGCAACCUUGGUCUCUUGCCCACCACAUUAAGGAGUAACCCAGAGGGAGCAGCUGCUAUUGGCAACCAUCUCAUCGUAGCUCUGUCCUCGUAUUUGCUCUGGAUGAUGUUUACAUGUGAUUGCCAUAAAAGCUUACUGUAGACCGUGUCGACAGCUGCCCACGCCGGGCAGGUUGUACUGUCCGUCCCUGUGCUGUGCUGGUGUUUGCAAAAAUGUCCGAUCCAACCGCUAAGUGGAAUUCUUCCAUCUCCUUCCUCAGUCGGUACAAGGCUGAAUCAGAAUCCUCACGCUUGGGGGUUCUGGUGACCGAAGGAAAAUGCAUCAAAGAGGUAAAGAAUAUGAGUGGAUGGAGUGCAGAGAAGGCCCCCACCCCCCGUAGCCCCUCACAUCUUGCUCCCAAGCCAGGAAACUGGUCCAAGAGCACGAGUUAGGGGUCUGCAUCCGCCGUGAGGUCUUGCAGUGCUGCGUGGUGACUGUGCUCAGGGGAGAGGCAGGGCUUCCGGGGCUCUGGGGGCAGGAGGAGGAAGGGAGGAGAGCUCUGAGCUGCAAACACUCAGCGCCCAAGUCCUGACGCAGGAAAAGAUGCACUAAGAGGUCUCUUGUUGCAUAAAGCCUCUGCUUGUUGAUGUGUUGAGAGCAGUGUCUUCUAGGCAUGUGCAACAUGCGUGCCGAGGCCACCGUGCAAGUGGCGACUGGGGGCGGCAGGGAGGGCGUUGACACACGGUCCUUCUGCACGGACAGGUGAGAACCUCAUCCCAAGCCUUGGGUUCAGUUGAAAUCACAGCUGAGCCUGAAGCUUGAGAGAUGGGCCGUCCCGGCUGUGAAGCGGAAUCAGCCCUGGAGGAUUGGUUGAUCUGACUCACAUCAAAACGGCAGUGUUUUUCUUAGCAUUGAGAUCUAGCAGCUACCCUCAGAUCUAAGGGAAGAAAUCGCGUGUGCGGUAGCAAAUAAAGUGAACCUCGUGGUUUUGUUGGCCAAAGAAGAGGGACCCCCUCACCCCUUCCCACCGGGGCGGAAGGAAAGCAGCUAGUGCUUAUGUGCAAUAUGUUUAAGCCGGUCCCCAAGUCAAGUCCCCGGGGUGUUUGCCCGCGGGGCAGACAGGGCUCCGGGGCUGUUUGCUGAGUCCGGAGGUACAGGGUAAAUGGAGGGAGAGCUCGGGAGCUGGGAAGCCCACGUGGCCCAAAACAGACGCUGGGUGUGGGGAGACCCCUGGGAGCCGGCUGCAGGACGUCCAGGAAGUAGGCAGAGGCUGACUUUGCAUUGAACCAAUAAAAGCACUUUGAGAAAACCACAACCCUUCAGCCUGGCUCCAUGUUUCUAUGCUGGCAAAGAUGGGUCUCCUUUGGCUUGAGUGAGGUACUUUCCUAGGGAUUGGGAUGGGGUCGGGAGUGGGGCUGGUAUGAGGGAGGAGAGAGAUGCCUUCCUAAAUAGCAGCAGGAAAGGCCAGCCCUUUGCUGGCCCUUUUGUUGGAGGCCCUAGAGAUGGGGAACGGUGAGUUUAGAUCUUGGUACCUAUUUUUAUAUAUGUAUAAAAAGUUGAAACAGCCCAGCUGACAUCAAAUGGGUUUACAGAGCAAGGCAUUCAACUAUAAGCCAUCUCAGUGAGAAACCUGAUGUUUCUUACUUGCUGUGUGAUCCGGGGCCUCUGUUCCCUCAUCUAACGGAUGAGAAUAUUGGAUGGAAUGAGCACUCAAGUCCCUUUCGAACCCACUAGGCUCAGGUUACCAGCCGGGAGCCUCAGGAACCCGUCACUCACCCGUGAACCGGAUCCCAUUCUCUGGCCGCGCCCAGCUCGUGUUCAGGGUGCGAGUUCUCUGCCAGGUAACCAGCCAGCAGCAGACUCGAACCCACAUGGUCCUGGCCGAGUUACCUUGUCUGAGGAGGCCAGCUCCCCAGGACAGAUCUAAGCCAUAGUUUCUCGUGGGGAUGGUGAGAAGUUCAACCCCGACUUGGCUGGGUGGCGAUGUCACAUCUCCCAUCGGCCUCGUUGUCAUCGUCCCCGCGGAACAGCUUUUAAUCCGAAUGUUGUGACCGCUUGGCUGUUUCUCUCUUGCUCUCAGACAAUACUAGCAAUACACUUGUUUUUUCAAAAGAGCUUAACUUAGGCACUUUUCACACGUUUCCUUCAAAUGAUUGUAAAACAUACGGGGCGACAGGAGGCAUCGAUCACACUGCAUGUGUUUAGGGCAGCUUCUGCUUUUUGUUUCUCUAGUGAUACAGCAGUGGUGGCUGAGGCUUUGAGACCUCGGGGGACGGAUUUUCAGAUAUUCUGUUUCAUCAGAAUGCCUUGCACAUCUGGAAGCAGCAGGGCGGUCUGACUGCCCCACCCCGGGGCGUGGAAAAUCCGGUUUUGUAGGUGGUCAGUCCCCGGGCAGAGCAACGCCACGAAAGACGUGUUUAUGUAGCUAGAACCCUCUCUGUGCUGCGUGUUUUGUCAAAGGAGCCUGCAAGGGAGCCUCAAAGAGCCUCUUCUUCCCCUUUGCCAGCCUUGCUUUAUGGGUGACUUUUGAAGGGAUUGGUCGGCUUCCACCUCAGCACUUUGCCUUAUCGACGUCUGGUCGCCCUCUAGUGGCCAAAGACUGUACCCACCAGCUUCCCAGAUGGAAGGCAAAUAAAUCCUUUCGGCCCCCUUGCUGUGCAACACCAACUUUGGGAAUUCUGUGUAAUGGCCUGAGUGAACUGUCUAUGUGUUUAGAGCCCAGUGUCACGCCAGUCAGAAGACUGCAGAAGCAACCGCUUAGCAGACUCUGGCACAGACCGAGAAGCACACUAGUUAUCCUGUGGGCAAAGGAGACAGGAGUGGACCCUGUGUCCGGGUGCCCGGGAGGGGUUUGCUGUAACUGCAAUACUGGCAUCCCAGCUGCUGACCUUGUUAAGCGAACCUCUGCUGGGUGGCCCGCCCUGUACCCUCGGGACGAGCAAAGAGGUUGCGUGUGAGGAGACUGGGGGGGUGGGGCGGGGGGGGGGAGGGGGCUGGCCAUGGCCUUGGAUACGGUCCACUGAAUAGCCAAACAGGUUUUUUUUGUUUGUUUGUUUGUUUGUGUUUGUGUUUUGUAUUUCAAACUCUUGUCGAGUGUUUUUGUGUUAGGAAUAAAAAGUCAUAAACUCUCCCCAACUUUGUUUCUUGAGGGGUGUUCUGAUUCCAAUGGAAACAGGUUGGAAAUCUCCAGGGGAGUGUGGUCACGGUGGUCAGCGGGACAGGGAGGUGGACCGCUUGGAUUUCCGGAUGGUUUCUGGAGGCCAUGACCAUCCAGAAGUCUGGCUUGGUGCCGUCCGCUCUGGAAAUUCACACCCGCCCCCUCCUGCCACGGUAUUAGCAUUGGCUUUGAGCGUCGGCUUCCUCCAGAGGCAGCUGCUAAUGUUGAAAUCAACUCAAGAUCCCUCUCCCCGACCCCAGGUUUCUAAAAGACUGUGUCUGUAGCUAGCCUUAAUCGACUGGGCGAGGUGGUCCCCAUGGUCCCUUCCAGCAUUUCCAAAUCUUGGACUCAAAUCCUUUUCUCUUGGUGUGACCAUGCAGCCUAGAGAAUUCUGAGCAAUAGGGAGCCAGGGCUUUCCCCGGCUCUGUGACAGGGUUAAACCAGGGAAUGGCUAAACUUGUCAGGUUUGGGCAUCCCCAGGGGUACUACCGUAGGGGGCAUUAUUUAUUAGGAAGCUCAACAAGGUAACUACAGCCUGGGGUGCGUGAGCGCAAGGCUGUGUGUGUGCGUAUAGGUGUGUAUUUGUGUGUGUGUGUGUGUGUGUGUGUGUGUGUGUAUGUGCGCGUGUGCGUGUCUGCACGUGUGCACGCCUGUGUGUGUGUGUAUGUGUGGAAUUACAUUGAUGCAUUUCUUGAGAAAGGUGCAAGAAUUUCACCUACACAGAGGGACACAUCUGCUUUGUUAUUUAUAAUAGAAAGCUAAAUUUUAAUUUUUUAAAGGACACUGCUAAUGACUGAGAAUCGAGUUUUUAGUUUUGCUAUUUUUUUUAAUUGGUAGAGGAUUUUUAUAUAUUUUUUCCAUUUCGUUGGGUUGUGUCCUUAUUUAUAUAAAUACUUUAUCUGUAAGAGGCAAGGAAGAAACCUUCUUUGCUUUUAAUUAUUGUGGUUGUCAUGGUCCCUAUUUUAUUUCCGGUGUGAUUUAUCUGUCUCACCUUCUAAAUGAGAAACUGUUUUCCUGUAUUUGUACAUUGUCAGAUUCUAUAGUUUCAUAGAUGAUUUAACCAAAUUGCUCUAUGUAUUAUUCUUUCGUGAGUAUAAAGUUCUAUUUUAACGUCUGUAAAUACUUCAGAACUGGCUUCUUUUCUCAGACUCCUACUAUGGAGUUAUUGUUUACAUCACAAAAACUGUAGAAUCUCUAUGCUCAUGUACUGUAAAUAGUGAAGUGAUCUGCUUAUAAAUAAACUGAACAAAUACACUAUGGAGAUUAAAAAGAAAACACCACCCACA